AUGUCGUCGGACUCCGAACAGUCGGCCCAGGUGGCCCGCAGCAUCCCUGACGAGGAGCAGCAGGCUGCUCUGGGGGUAGAGGUUGCUUCUGCUUCCUCACAGCGAGACGACAUAUCCGUCGUUUCCUCAUCGCAACAGAGCAUCCCCCCCACCGAAGCCCCUAACUCCCCGCUCGACCAUCACCCCUCUGCCUUCAAGUCCGAGCCUCAAGAAAACCCCGCUGCAGCUCCUGCCAUCGCUGCGCGUGCCGCAUCUGUCUUGUCGUCCUCCCAGACCCCGCCGCCGUCUUCUCAGAUCGCUGGAAUGACCGGACAAGCUGCUCCCGCAAAUACUAUGACAUACCUUAGCUCGCAGCGGGCUGGGAUCUUCUCGCCGCCGGCGACCACAGCGCCCAAUGGCCUCAAGAGAGAGAGUAUUCCUCCCGAAUUUGCCGCACCGACCCCGGCUCAGAUCGCAGAGGCGUCAGUCGAGGACCUGCGCAGCAUGCUGCAGGCCAGCUUGGCCGAGCAGGCUCGGUUGAAGACUGAGGUCGCCCACUAUAAGAUGGAGGCUGCCCACCACAAGCUGCAGUAUAAUAUGCUCAGCUUGCGGGCUGAGGAGGACAGCAAGCGGGCUGCUGUCGAGCACGAAAUCACCAAGAAGGAGGUUCAGGUGCUGCAGAAGGCUGAAUAUGCCAGGCAGGCUCGCCAGGACCUCAUCGCGGCCAACGAGUCGGCACAGGUCAAGUACCUGCAGCUGAAGGUGUUGCAUGAGCGGGCUCUGGAGGAGAUAGAAUUGCUUCAGAAGAAGCUUAAGGCAGCACGGAAGAUCCUCAAGCAGAACCAAGACGAGAUUGCGAGCCUCAUGGACGAACGCGAGAUCCUGCUCAACAGGAUCCGCGAGAACCGCGAGCACUUUCACAUCCUCUGCAGUCCUGGCGGCAUGUUCUACAGCGCCGUCAGCAGCUCUCGGGCCCAUCAACAGGCGGCUAGUCCGCAACAGCACCGGGCCACUCCCCGGCAGACCCCUAGGUCGGCUGUCCAGCGGGAGACUCACCGGGAGCACCAAAACGGCGAAGGCUUCGCCGUCCUGCUGCAGGCACUCAGCCAGGACAAUAAUAAUAAUGUCAACAACGACCCCAGCGUUCCGUCAACGCCGUCGACGUCCCAGAGGCCCGGUGCCGCCCGCGUGGGCAGCAGCGUCAAGCACACACGAAACGUGCAGUCCACGUCCUCACUUCCGAGCACUCCUGUUUCCAAGACCCGGAGUGAUGGUCGAGGUGGGCUGCUACCGUCCGUUGAUCUCAUUCCGCAAACUGAGCCUGCUUACCGCAACGCACGGUUCAUCCCCGAGACGCCAGCUACUCCCCGCGGAGGUCGUGAACGCCGCAAGAGCAGGGAGAGCACCAUUUCAGCCGAGGAUAACCAGGAGCUAGCCCGCCAGGCCCUACAAUCCUUCGCCUCUCGUGGUGCAGGCAGUAGCGGAGGCGUUCCACACUCUCAUCCUCACCCCCAUCACCAACGAGUCGACCAAAGCCCCAACCAACGCCGCCGUGCCUCCAUGGCCGACGACGUCGAAGUAUACGAAAGCCAAGCAAGCCAAGCUGCAUCCGAAAUGCUCCGUCGCGAUCCUCGCGAGAGCUAUGAAGUCGCCCAGUCGCGCGACCCGACGCCCGCCAAUACUACCACCUCCUCAGGCGGAGCGAUGACAGCCUCCGGCUCCGGGGCGAAGCUCCAGGCGAAACUCUUCGGCGGGCUGAAUAAGAGCGGUCUGUCGACUUCGGCUGCGGCGCCGUUGGCUUCGAGCAGUCCGGCAAAGAGGAAGUUGAGUCAUGACGCUGGGAUAGAAGGAGGGGGUGCGGAUGCUAGGGAGAGGGCGCUCAUGAGCCCGACUAAGAGGCUUAGGGAGGUUGGUGGGCUUAGGGGGGACCCAAUCUCGCAUCCGCAUUCGGGGGAGAGGAGGGUUGGAUUGGGGAUUUAUGGGCGGGAGUGA